GUGAGGAAAUUUAAAAUGGUAGAUCCGUAGCCCGGAGGAUUGUUAAAAAAUUAUUUGUUUCGAGGUCACUUUCAACACAUACCAACAUUUAUAAAUGAGAACUCAAGGCCACGGGUUUUUAAAUUUAUCAUUACAUAUUAAAUAAACCAGUUACAAAUAUUUAUCAAUGGAAAAGUGGCGAUGUAGAGGAAAGAACACUGGAGCUAAAGUAAAAGUAACGGAAGAAAAUGCAGCACCGCAAAAACCGUCAACCGAAUCGCAACCGGAAAAGAAAAAAGAAAAAAAAUGGACGUUCGCUGGGUUACUCAAACGUAAAUCAAAACAAACAGCCUCGUCGGAGCAAUCAAACUCAUUGUUGUCUUUAACGCCGAACCCAACUAUUUAUUACAGUGAGCAAGUUAAGAAUGUUCAGACAAACCCGUCCAAAGCAGAUAGAGAUAAAUCUCAUAAUAAUUACAACAAACAAACUACUGGUAACGCUACUAAGAAACAUGAAUCAACAGAUUCAAUGAAUUUUUCAAAUGCUUCAACAUCAGCGGUAGUACCACCAGCAACAAUACAGUCACGUAACAGUGAAAGUUCAGAUACCGGGAGUAAAUACAGCCGUAGAAAUCGUCUUAAGGCACGCAUACAAGCCAAACGUGAUCGUUAUUACGGUGACAGUAGUACCGAUGAUGAACACAGCCAUUAUAAAUCUAGUAAUAAUAGUAACAGCAAUUGUUACAUCAAUACAAACUCAAUCGUUAAUGGAAAUGCAAAUAUCACCGCAACCGCUGCUGCUGCUACUAAUCCUAAUAAUUCAUUAAUGAGAAUCCAAAGUGAAGAUAGUAUUUAUCAUCAUCAUCAUCAUCACCAUCAUCAUAAUAAUAAUAAUUAUCAUCGUAGAUUAAUUGAAGCUAACAAAAAAACACGUGGAGCUCGUACUGUAAGAUAUAUGAAACGAUUUUAUCGUGACGAUACCAUUGAUGAUCAUGAUGGUAAUAUUGAUGUAAGAAUUCAUCCAAUUUAUCAUCAUGUAUCACCUGUAUUACAAAGUCAUAGUAAUAAUUAUAAUUAUAAUUAUAAUAAUAAUAGUAAUAAUGGAAUUGUUAAAAAAAAGGCUGAUACACUACCGUCAACAAAUAAUUUAUGGACAACAACGAAUAAUCAUAAUUUAUUAUUAAAACCGCCAUACUAUCAAGCAUUUUGUAGUGAACAGAAUCUCUUACACGUGUAUCCAAAUAAUUAUAACGAUAACAUUAAGUAUCAAAGUGACAAUUUACACGGUUUAAAUGACAAUGAAGUAUUUAACAACGAGUACGCUUGGCCACAACCACAUGAAGCUAAACUAACAACGGCAACGAGUAACUAUAAUAAAUCACGUGGGAUUAAUUGUCAUGUAGACAACAAAAGUCCUCCACCGCCAGCACCUGCAUCAUCGUCAGUAUCACCGGCAUCUGCAUCUGUAUUAGCACCACAACCGCCACCGCGAUCGACUUCUGUGUCCCAUUUACACCCAGUUGCUAGUGCUAGACACUCUCACCACUUGGAUUUAGAUAUUUUUACUGAAACUAAUUCUUGCAGUGGUUGUAGUCAUAAUCAUCAUAAUCAUAAUCAUAGUUGUAGUCAGCAACUGCUACCCUGUGGAAGUAAUGUUAACUAUAAUUCGCUGGAUCGUAUUUAUGCGACACCCAAACGCAGAGAUCGCUGCUGCAAUCGCCGGGUUGUGAGGCACCCGAUAAGCGAGCCUUUUUUGUUGUACAAAAAUAAUAAUAGUAGUAGCAUUAAUAAUAAUAAUAAUAAUAAUAAUACUUUUAGCAAGAAGAGUCACGAAGUCGAGGACAAAAUGCCCGAGGAUCCGAUAGUGCCUAAAAUAAAGAAGAAAAUCGUGCCGAAAAUGAAAGGGUAUAAAAGUAUUUACGAGCAACCGUUGGAAAAGCGAAGACACUCGAAAAAUUUAGAAGAAGCGCUAAUUGAAUUAGAGACUAUUUACAAUAGUUUACAUUUAAAUGAAGACGAGGAUCUGUUGGAUCGUGCGGAGCAGCGUAGUAUGGAAGAAUACAGGGAUAAAAUUGCCAUUACGGCGGCAGCUAAAGCAGGUAUAGGUGGAUCAAUAAAAAGUUCAUUGGACACGUCGUCGUCGUCUUCGCCGUCCCCGUCUCCGUCCGCAGCGUCGUCCUACGAGUUAAAUUUAUGGCGUAAUGUGAAUUUCGAUCGUCACGACAACUACAGUAAUAACCAUAAUCAUAAUAACAGUCAUAGUCAUAAUAAUAAUAAUAAUAAUAAUAAUAAUAAUAACGAUGAUGAACCGAGACUUAAAGACGAUAUGGCUUAUAGACGAAUGCAUCAACCGGAACGCUCGGCUUCGGUGGAUCCCAGUCAAAGUUCAUUGUCAAGAGUCAGUUAUUUGGCUGCCUCACCAAGCUUACUCUCAUAUAAGGAUCGUGAAUAUCAAAUUGAUAACAAUUAUUUGCUAGGUAACUAUGUUAAUGUUAGUUGUAAUAAUGAAAAACCAAAGAACCAACGACGUGGUACACCGGAUUUAACGCGUGAUGACGUUGCUUAUCGAAAUAUAACCCAUGCAAAUAAUACUCUGAGAGUUAUUGAACCACAGCCACCAUUUGGUAUACCACUUGGACCAGUUACAGCAGCUGCUGAAAGUGAUUAUUUGCAUGUUGAGCCGAAAAUUAAACACACCCGCUCAUCACUAUAUAUACCAAAAAAUGAACCGGAUAUUGUUACUGAUGAUUUAGCGUUUCGUAAUCUGCGUAAAGAUACUAACGGUAAAAAUAAAUUUGCUAAUUCUAUGAACAACAUAAGCUUUGUGCCGACUAGAGAGUCUAUGAGCAGAAGUAUUCUUGCUGGUAACUGUGACUUAAAGAAGAAACGAGCUGUACGGUCACUUUCUGCGGAUUUGUAUGGAAUUAUUGACAAAAGCAAUGAUGAUCAUCAUGCCUGGUACAAGGAAUUUACUAAGGUUAAUUCUUCGAAAUUGUUCCCACAAGAUGGGCCUUUGAUUAGUUCCAGCAGCGUUGGAGAUAUAUCAAUUAGAAAUUAUAAUAAUAAUAAUGAUGAUAAUUUUUAUGGUAAGGAUAAAAAUUCGGAUUUGGACAUAAAUGGAAAUCGGCCUAAGAGUUUGUAUCAGGCUAAAAUUCAAGUCUGUGUGCCCCACGAAGAAGACGGUAAAGUUUUGAGAAGGCAAUCAUGUGAGAGAGAAUUUAUGGAAAUGGAAAAUUGUCAAACGUUUGAUAAAAAAUCUCGGACUUUGUCAUCUCCGUACUAUGGUGGUGGAAGUUUUGACGUAGAUGUUGAUGAGGAUAAUGGUGGUGGUGGUGAGGUUGUUGAUACAAAUGAAAAAGUAAUUGAACCGUCGAGUGAUCAAGAAUUAUCAGAGUACAAGCAACUUUGUCGUAAUUUAGAGAGUCUUAUCAAAAAAACAUCGGAGAAGGUUAAAAAGAGCGUGGAGGAAGCAAAGAGCAAUCCGAUGCUUUUGGGGUCAAACAGAAAUUCUCUUUCCGAAUUCAUCGAGUGGGAAGAGCUUUUGGGGGAGGAUGAAAGCCUUAAGAUUAACAAAAAGGUGAUUGAAGAUGAAGAAGACGGUAAAGCCAAAGGUGAAGGAAAAGGAAACGAAGUGAAGGAGAAAAUUAGAAUGGAUAAAGAAGAACUAGAAAAAAUGAUAAAGGAGAUAAAGGAUGACACAAAGUCCGAGUAUAAAGAACCCGAUCAACUGUUAAAAUUAAACAUUGACGAUGAAACGGGGACAAAAGUGAUCGAUACAGAAGCUUCUUGUGAGUCGUAUAAUUCAAACAAAGAGUCACUGAAGUCGGUUGUUAAGUUAGUGCCAUCAAACGACGCUCAAAAUAAUAUAAGCUCCGAUGAUUAUGAUAACAGUCAUGUUGAUUAUCAUGCCUGUAAUAAUGAUGUUGAUUGUGAUGAUGAUAAACAACCAAACGCUGAAGAAUUUCAUCUGGAUAAACAAGUGCCUUAUUUAUCUUGUGAUUCUACGAAGCUCAAUGAUGAUAAUAAUUUUGAUAAUGAUUUUAAAAAUCUGAUUAGUUCUGAUAGCCAUACCAAUAUAGAUGACGGAGUUGACGUUGCUGCAACCGGUGAUGAUAAAAAAGAGCCCGCAUUGAAACAACCAGAGACGGCGGAUCCUAAUCCCAGUGAGCUGGAGGUUCAUGCUGGCCAAAAAGAUGACACCGAAAAAACUUGCAGAGGUGAGAAUACUGGAAAUUCCGGCAUUUUAGCCGAGGCAUUUAUCCAACCAAUAAUUAAUGUUUGCUUUUCUACUAACUGCUUCUCGACGUACUCUAUUGCCUUGUGGUCCCUGUGUCUAACACUGUUGAUAGCAAUAAUAGCUGCACUGUGAAUUUAUAUUUAUGUUUAUGUGUGUAUAUAUUAAAUUUUUCUUUUUUUGUCGCUGUUUCUGUUAAUGAAAAUUUAUUUUUUCAAUUUCAUUUUCACUUGCCGCCUGAUUGUUUUUAUCUUCUACACGAAAUUUUCUUUUAUUUUUUUUUCUUCUUUCACUAAAAUAAUUAUGAGAUUGAUGUUUAGUAAUUGUCUGCACGAUAAAUUAUAAAUUAAAUUUUUAAAGUACUUAAUUUACUAAAUAAAAUAUUUU